GCUUAGUCUCCUUCCUCACGAGAAACCCCACUCGAACUUUCCUUACUCUCCACGUUUCAAUUUGCUUAUAAAUACUAAAUCUCAAAAAACCCAUCAUUUCUGCGAAGAUAAAAGAAAGAAACACACAGAUCCCAAAUUAUUCCAUACCCCACGAUUCUCUCUUGUAUAUACUAAAAAUUCCUCUGAGAUUCCCUUACUUUACAGUACUUUUUUUUUUUUUUUUUCUCUCUCACUCUUUCAAAAUUUUUGGCGCGAAAUCAAUGGUGAUUGAGAGCUUGGGAGGAGGAGGAGGAGAAGGAGAAGCGCGCCCCGUGAUGAUCGAGCCGCCGCCGCCGUCGUCGAUGAUGUUUUCAUCCGGCCCCGCCGUCUGUAACUCUCACGCUCCGGCGCCUCCUUCUCCUAGGACUCCUCCGUUGACCGGAGACGAUGAUUCCGACGGAGACGGAUUGGAACUGCUGAUUCCGCCGCUGAAUUUCUCGAUGGUCGAUUAUGGCAUCUUCCGGUCCGGUUUCCCCGAUGACGCUAAUUUCGGCUUCUUGAAAUCCCUAGGCCUCCGUUCCGUUAUAUCUUUGUGCACGGAGCCGUAUCCUGAAGUGAGCAAGAAAUUCUUGAAAGAUAAUAAGAUUGAGCUGUUCACGUUCGAAAUCGAUGGUUGUAAGGAGCCUUUUGUAAACAUUCCUGAGGAAAAAAUCCGCAAUGCACUCAGAGUUGUUCUUGGUAUAAUCAUUCACAUUUAAAUUUUUAUGUCCAAAUUAUAGAAUAACCUGCUCUUUUUACAUUCUGGUAAUGCACGUUUUAUCUGCUCUGCCAUGCCAGAUGUGACUAAACACCCAGUCCUGAUUCAUUGCAAGAGAGGGAAGCAUCGCACUGGUUGUUUGGUUGGAUGUUUAAGAAGAUUGCAACGAUGGUGCCUGUCGUCAGUUUUCGACGAGUACCAGAGGUUUGCUGCUGCUAAGGCCAGAGUGUCCGACCAAAGGUUCAUAGAGUUGUUUGAUCUUUCCAGCUUGAGGCAGUCCCCUACAUCAUUUUCAUGUUCAAGGAGACACUAACAUAGCAGCACAAAAGAGACAUGGUUCAAUGCCCAAUCGUUUCAUAAAGGGCCCCCAUGUUGUGUGUUCUUCAAAUAAUUAGCUUUCUUUUUGAACUC